AUGUCCUCCCGACGCAUGCCGCUCUCUUCCAACCAGAAUGUCGCCAACUCUCCCAUCCGCGCCUCGGCCGCCGCCCACGCCAUCGUCAAGCCCAAGCGCUCCCUCGCCACCCUGCAGCGCGAAGAGGCCUACGCCCACCCUCCCCCGGCCAAGAAGCAGGCUCUCGAGAGUGGCAUCCCCCGUCCGCUCAAGUCCCCCUCGCAGCAGCAGAGGCUAGCUAGGACCCAGCUCUCGUUGCAGACGCGCCGGAAUGCCAACAGCUACGAGACAAAGCUGGCCAGAGAGAGGGCCGGCCACCACCAUGGCGAGGCCACCACCACCACCACCACCACCAGCAAGUACACCGAGCGCGAUCUGGAGGAGAUCAGGCAAUGGCAGCGUCACCACCGCGCGAGGUUCCCCAACAUGGUCUUCUACUUCGACAACAUCGCCGAGGACGUCCGCGGGAAGCUGGUCAAGCAGAUUACCGCUCUUGGUGCUCGCGAAGAGAAGUUCUUCUCCAUCGAGAUUACCCACGUCGUCACCACGCGUUCCAUCCCCGUCGAGUCGCGCUCGUCUCGUCAGCGACAAGAGGAUAACACCGCCACCACCGAGACCCACGACGACCAGGAACAGCUACAGACCAUCAACCCGUCGUUGCUCAACCGCGUCAGCGGCCAGUCUGUCAAGAGGAAGUUGUUCAAUACCACGUCCACGACACAGGCGCCCAGCCGCGGCACCUUUGCUCAGAUCCGAGAUGCCCGGCCGAAGAGAAGCACGGACGUGCUGUCUCGUGCCCGCGAGAUGAACAAGAAGAUCUGGUCACUCGAUAAGCUUCAGCGGAUGCUGUCAAUGUUGUUGGAGCAGGACCUCAACGUCAGCGCCGCCAUCGCCUACGGAUCGCGCAGCGCCGCGUCCCAGUCAACACACGCUCAGUCCCGAACGGCCGACGAGAAGAGUCUGUUGCAGCUGUUGCACAACGAGCGCGUCAAUGGCCCCUCGGACCGAGAUCCGACUGUGGCCACGAGGGAGCUGCACUACUUCAAGGGUCCUUACAUAUACGUCUACGACUUUGAGGAGAAGCAAAAGCCCAUUAUGGCGAGGGAGUACAACAAGGUGACGGACAAGUCGGACGGCGACUGGCCGCAGUUUCGGACUGCGCCCCUUGGCCGGUGCCCCUUCGUCGAGGAUUACGACCACCGGGAAGUCGCCAAGCCCAAGAAGCGAGAGGUUGUGGCCAAGCCUGCCACUGGCUCGAAGCCCGUCCUGCAACCUCCCGAGGCCCCGCCAUCGAAACCCGUGACCGGAAAGCGGUCAUUGAGCGAAAUGGAGAGCGCUCACAACCGAGGCUCUAGCGUUGCUUCGACCGAGUUCAACCCCCCCAAGCUGCUGGCGGGCAAGAAGUUUGACUUCCGCCCCAACGCGUUCAGCAGCCGUGCGGGUACCGCGAGGACCUUGUUUGGCGGAGAGCCGGUGGCUUCUGGCGUUCAACCAUCCCACAUGACAUCCGCCAUUCGGUCCCAGAUGAUAUCAUCCACUGCGGCGACUCCAGGUACCAUCACAGGCCUGAGCAAAGAGGUUCAUGGCCUUCAGCGCAAGGUUCUUCAGCGGAACAGCUCUCACGAUCUCAGUUCCCGCCGGACUUUCGGAAGCGUCGAAACUAGCUUCAAGGAAGAUAAUGACACGAAGAGAUCGGGAACUCUGGCGCGCACGUCGAGCCGGAAGUUGGAGUUGGUUGACGAAAAACUGGCUGCAGAGGAAGAAGAGCGGGAUGCCAAAGCCCGGAGGGAGAUGGAGAAGCGACUUGUGAAGCCCAAGAAGAAGGAUCCCAAGCCUGGCUACUGCGAAAACUGCGCCGAUAAGUUUGACGAUUUCGAUGAUCACAUCUUGUCAAGAAAGCACCGCAAGUUUGCGGACAACCCCGAGAACUGGGGCGAGCUGGAUGAACUUCUCUCCCAGCUGGAGAGAGAGCCAAAGCACAAGCACUACUCCGCCUGGACUCCUACUCUACCCGAGUAUCCUGUUUAUUAG